AUGAAUGUACUCACUAUAUUUAGAGUCGCAAGUGGCGGCGACAUUCGAGAAAAUGCGGCCUUAACCGAAUUGCAGAGACGGGAAGCAGAUAUUGUCGAUGACAGCUGGCCGUUCAUUGUUGGCGGUGGCAUCUUCGCAGUUGUUCUUGUUGCGGUCAUCAUAAUGGCUCCUUUGAUCCAACAACGGGCCAGUUACCGGAACAUCAUCAAAGAUCGACAGGCUAGGGAAUCGCUGCAUUCUGUGGAUUCCUCCAAAGAGCAGACCGUAAGUAGAGAUUAUUCUCCCACCAGCUAG